AUGACCAUUAAUCGACCGGCGUACGAUGUUCAGCAACAUCCUGCAACGGUACCAACAGUGAACGACGUCGACGACGACACGACCCGUGCCGGAAGCUACCUGUUCCGGUUGCACUUACCAGCGACGGGCGAAUUUUUCUCGCACCGGUACCGUCCUUUGUCGUUUGCUUUUCUGCUUUUUCUGCUGCUGCAUCUGUUUGCGCUUGCCGGGUCGGUUUGGUCGCAUCCACGCAAUGAGAAGGAAAACUUUGUUAAAACCACUGACGUGGAAGCAAUCGAAGACCAGCAGGCCACUCUCUACUGUCCGCUUCUAGCAUCGAACCGCGACAAAAUCAAUAUGGUGCUGUGGUUUCGCGACAACGCUGGAAUUCCUUUGUACAGUCUCGAUGUACGGGGAAAAUCGCUCAACGAUGCUCAACAUUGGUCGGCGCCGCAGGUGUUUGGUCCACGUGCCCGUUACGUGAUCGAAAGUGAUCCAGCAUAUUUGGAAUUGAACGAAAUUAAACGUCACGAUCAGGGAAUUUACCGUUGCCGGGUUGACUUCCAAAAUAGCCAAACGCAAAGCUUCCGCUUCAAUCUCACCGUGAUUAUACCGCCAUCGCAACCCGUAGUUCUAGAUCGCUGGGGACGUGUCAUAAAUAGUACAAUAAUAGGACCAAAGGAGGAAGGAGAUGAUAUACUGCUGACGUGCCGUGUGGUUGGAGGCAGACCGCAGCCCGAUGUGCUCUGGUUCAUCAACGAUAAUCUGGUGGAUAAUCAGAUCGAACAGAACACCGGAAACAUUAUCGAAAAUCGUCUGCUGUGGACAUCCGUCCAGCGUCACCAGCUGCACUCGGUCUUCACGUGCCAGGCGUCCAACACGAAGCUGAUGGAACCCCGUACGAGCAAGUUUGUGCUCGAUAUGUACCUAAAACCGUUGGUGGUGAACAUUCUCAACGCAACCGAAUCGCUGGCCGCCCACAAGGAGUACCAGAUCGUCUGUCAGUCUACUGGUGCGCGUCCGAAUGCGGUCAUCCAGUGGACCAAGGGCAAAAAGACGCUGAAACGCAUCAAGGAGCACUCGAUCCGCAACACUACCUACUCCGUACUGACGAUCGUGCCAACGGUGGAGGAUGACGGCCGGUUGUUGGGUUGCCGGGCCCAGAACCCGAAGGUGGCCGGCCUGUUCCUGGAACACUUCCAAAACAUCAGCGUGCACUAUCCGCCGGUGGUUGUGUUGCAGCUCGGUUCCACACUCGCCAUGGACGACAUCAAGGAGGGUGACGACAUAUACUUCGAGUGCAAGAUACAAUCCAAUCCGUCAUGGCGAAGAUUAACCUGGUUACACAAUGGAGUGCAACUACCUCAGAACUCGUCGUCGACGAAAAUCGUUCGCUCGAACCAGAGUCUGGUCAUACAGAAGGUGACACGCUACUCGAGCGGUUCGUACCAGUGCGGGGCACUCAAUUCCGAGGGUGAAACGCUUAGCAAUGAGAUCAUACUCAACAUCAAAUAUGUUCCUCUUUGCGCUACGGACAAGAUUAUAAGCAUCGGUGUCUCGCUGGACGAAACAAUCACCGUCAGUUGUGAUAUAAUAACGCACCCGUUGGCAAGCAAGUUUUACUGGCGCUUCGAAAACUCGGAAGAGGUACUGGAGAUUGAGCAGCAUCGAUUUUCCAGCAAUGGUUCGACGAGCCAGCUGCACUACACACCGACCAGCGAACAGGAGUACGGUACGCUGUCCUGCUGGGGUACGAACGAGAUCGGAACAAUGGCGGAACCGUGCAUUUUCCACCUGAUUGCAGCCGGUUUGCCCACCUCGGUUAUCAAUUGCUCGUGGCGCAACUUCACCAACGCAUUCGAGGUGAACUGUCACCAGGGAUAUGAUGGUGGGCUGAAGCAAUCAUUCGUGCUGGAGAUGCUAUCGAGCCGUUACCCGGGACACAGCAUCAAUCUCACCAACACCGAGGAACCCAUCUUCAGUAUCACAUCCUUCGACCAGCUCCGACAGCAGCUGCCCGCCGGAGGACAUCGCCAGCCGGACUCGCUCAAGCUGUACGUCUACUCGGUCAACCAGAAAGGGCACAGUCCGCGCAUCUUUAUUGCGGAUCUCUUCAUACCGGGCACACUCGACGAUCCCGCACCGAGCCAAGACCCCAAAUCAACCCUGCUGACACCCAUCCUGAUCGGGCUGUUCCUAACCAUCGUACUGAUCAUUAUCAUCAUUAUCGUUAGAAUUUAUCUGAAAUCGAAAAGACUUAAACAAAAUAUCAAUAAAGAAAAGCGAUACACGGAGGAGUCGAAAAAUACGCUUCUGCUGGUCGACAUAUCGAAGAAGGACAAACCCACGAAAACCACCAAAUGGAUGAACAACGUCGGCAGCAGCAUUAAAACGAAAACCAAAGUAGAAACUAUUGACGACGAGCAGGAUCCCGAUCUGAUACCGUAUCCCCGACUGACGGACAUCCACCAGGAAGAGCUGAUUCCGAUUAACUCGACCGGUUCCGCAUUUGCUAUCAAGCAGCACAUCGCCCAUUCGCCCCAGGAGCUGGAGUCAGACAAGGUGGACAGGGAUAAGGGUCAGGAUCGGUUUUACCAUCAGGCAAACCACCAUCACCAUCAGCCCAUCAUAUCGAGCACCACCUACCGGGACGAGGAGAUCUCCGAGGCGGAAAUCAACCUGAAAGGAAUUGAAGACUUCCUAAUGACAAACCGAGUGCCGGAAAGCUGUGUGUGAUAUCUAUCCUU